GUGGUGAGUGCAGGAAUCACAAACAUAGCCACACAGACACACAGAAGGGCAAGCGCGUGACGCCAGCAACCUAACACUGUUGUCUCAUUCUCUCUCUCUCUCCCUCUCUCCCUCUCUCUCUCUCUCUCACACACACACACUCACGCCUCUCAGACGCACACGGCAGCGCACAAGCCAGUGAACAGGACGGCGCUGGAUGUGUCAUUCAUAUAGGGAAUAGAUCCGAAGAAAAGGAUUAACUAUCUACAUCCCUCUCCCUCUGCGGACCUCAUCCUCUCUUCCCUCCUCUUGUGUCUAAGCCUCUCUUCACCUCAUUUGUUUUUCCACAAUCCCUCCUUUUUCACAAUUUAUUGGUGGGUUGAAGGGAUGCUGGGGGAUUGUCUCCAUACAGAAAGGAGGAUUAUUCUUACAUUAUUCCUUUGACCGUGAUCUUGAAUACAUGGAUUUCUUUAACUGAAGGGGUAACAGGUUUUCUUUUUUGAGAUUUUUGAUCUUUUUUUUAUUUAUUUAUUUUUAAUUUAAGGAUAUUUUUUGCUGAGGAUGGCUCUUGGGAGAAAGCUAUAAGGCUGGUGCAGUCUGAGAUAUUUGGUCAAAAGGUGUUUUGGUGUAGCUUUUCACAGUCGCCGCCCUAGUGGAGGCUGCAGGCAUGGUGGCUUGACACCCCCAUAGCCCCGCCCCUCUGACAGAGGAAGGCUGCAGAGCUCUGUGUCAUGCCCCCACACACCCACCCCCCUGGGGGCAUCGGCCUGCCCUCACCCACCUAUACCACCUACCACCUGGCCAGACCUGUCUUCCUCUGUGUCCUCUGCCUCGUGGCGACGCUGCUGCCCGCAGCCUCCGCCUGCCCUCCUCCCUGUCUCUGCGACUCAGACAGCCUGGUGGUGGACUGCGGGAGCCGGGGUCUCUCCUCCCUGCCGCCCCUUCACCUCCUGCCUCCAUGGAGCCGCUCCCUCCUGCUAGCCAACAACAAGUUUGCCUCGCUGGGAGCCUCUGCCUUCGCUAACCUCUCCUCUCUGGAGGAGCUGGACCUCUCUAAUAACUACCUGGAUAAUUUACCAGCUGGAUUAUUCAGAGACAUGUCCAACCUGACAAGACUGACUCUGCACAACAACUCACUAACUGUAAUGGACAGAGACCUCUUCCAGGGUUUGGGGGGUCUUCAGAGUCUGGAUCUAUCCCUGAAUGGCCUGUCCUCUGUUCCUCUGGGGCUACUGGAUGAGCUGCAGAGCCUCAGGUGGCUGUCUCUAGCGGGUAACAGGCUUCAUGGUUUGGAGAGGGCAGCGUUUGAGCCGCUUGCCAACCUACGACACCUGGAACUGGGACACAACCCCUGGGAAUGUGACUGCAACCUCCGCGAUUUUAAACACUGGAUGGAGUGGCUGCUGUACAGAGGGGGGAAGGUGGAUGCGGUGGAGUGCACGCUACCGAAGGAUCUGCGUGGGAGAGACAUCCGUGGUGUUCCAGUGGAAAUGUUCAACUACUGCCUCCAACUUGAAGAUGAGAAUGGGGGAGGAGGUGAGGGUUCCCGUUCUGGACAAGGAGGUGUUCCUCCCUGCAGCAGGAACGCUCUUAACCCCAGUGGGGCAACACCAAUUUCUGACAAAAGCAACACUGGUCAUGACUCCUCUUCAAACAUGGGAGGUGGAGGAGGAGGAGGAGGUGGUGGAGGCGGAGAGGCAACUCCGGAUUGUGUCCGUGCCCGUUACCGACCCGUGAGCGUGCGCCGCGCCAUCGGCACAGUUGUGAUUGCCGGAGUGGUGUGCGGCAUCGUUUGCAUCAUGAUGGUUGCAGCCGCGUGUUACGGCUGCAUCUACGCCUCGCUGAUGGCCAAGUAUCAGAGAGAGCUGAAGAAGAGGCAGCCACUGAUGGGAGACGGAGACGGAGACGCAGACGGGGAGGAUAGGGAAGAGAAACAGAUCUCAUCUGUGGCCUAGAGGAGUGAAGGGAUGGGGGGUGGGGGGGGUUGCCAUGUCAAAGGGUAAAGGUUGGAAGGGAUGAAAAUUAAAAAGGGCUCGAAGAGGAGAGAGAUGGAAGAGCUUGUUUUAUGCACACAGUCAGUUAUAGUAUCUUUCUCCCACUUUGUCUUCCUUUCUUUGCCCUCUUUCUAUUUUUAACCUUCUUCCUCUGUCCCUCUCUCUAACACCUCACAUACAAAUACUUUAUCUGUUCCCUGAUUCUCUCCUCCAUUUGGAGCCAUUCUCACUGCAGUAUUUGUUACUUAUCAUCCCUCCAAAUCGCCUGUCAACCACCUACAGUACUGCAGGUUUUGGCUGCUGCUAAAUUCACUAUUAAAUUAGCUGAGAGAAAAAUUAUUUGGUACUCUCUCCAGUAUGAAACAUAUCAUAAGCUGUUACAAGACACUCGUGGUGUACGUUGGUCAUUAUUAGUAAAACUGGAUCGAAUUUUCAGGGAUUUACAGUAUUUGGUGUCGAUUGGACCAAUAUUCACAGUUGUAGUAUUAGGAAGUGCACAGCUCUAGUGUGAUUUGCAUCUUUCUCCUCCUCAUCCUCUCCAAUGCCAGUAGUUCCUCCAAAAACCAGGACCCCAACCCAGAUCCCUUCACCCUCAUCUGGCCUACUGCUCCUCUGAUGUGAAAGAAACAACCAGUGUUGGAAAGCUUGGGGUAAUUAGGGAAGCUUAAUGGAUAAACACAAAGAGAUGUCAUUUAUGUAGUCAACACCUCUCUAGCACUUUGUUGCAGAGAGAAUACUGGGGAUACAUACAGAUUAUAUGUUAAUAGAGUCUUGUGUCUCCUGAGACUUGUUAGGGAUGUUUAAUACGGAACAGGAAACCAUUUGGAUUGACAAAAUGAUCAUUCAUGGAAGGCUAGACCUUUCAAAUACAUGAGAUCAGAGACAACAGUUAGAUAUUCUACCCUAUUAGGACCAGAUCUGUUUCUCAUGGAUCUUCUCUGGACCAAUUACGUCCUCCAGGUGUCACAGACUGGAGCUGUGUAUACGAUUCAAUCAUUUCAAAGUGGAACAAACCAUUUUAACUGGAAUUUGCUUGGAAUACUUGCUUACUUGAUGCUUGUUAAAUUAUUAUGAUCAGUAUCUGAACAGAUGAAAAGCCUCUUACUGUAUCAUGGCGGACAAACUAUUUUUCUGGUAUACCUUGGACUACGCUUCUAGGCUGGGUCAGAAAAGUAUUCACAAUGCUUUUAAUGAAGUUAUUGGGAAUUAAAGGACAACCGACUUUGCUUUACAAGAAUUAUCCUUUUGUUCAGAGCUCAUUUGCAGACUGAUUUCACCCCUCAAAGGUGAAUGUUUGCUACUAUGGCAUGAAAGCACUAUCUCAGAGAACCCUGUCUUCUGGCAAGGACUACAAAACGUCAUCUAAGGACUACAAUAUUCAGACUCCUGCACUUUAUUUCCCUAAUCAGAUUCCCUUUGUCCUCCCUCUCGUUCCUCCCUUCCCCCUCUUUCUUUCUAAAAUGGACGAUUUGCCAGAGGCAUUAUAACGAACAAGGGAUUUAAA